CUACUACUGCUUUGUCCGAUCUCUACCAAGAGUAAAAGACUAAACACUAUUAUUAGAGGAAAACUCUAUGUUUCUACAUUUACUGUAAAAUGGGAGUAUGAUGAUAACUCGAAAGGUCAAUGUCCCGUCUCAGCUAUUAUUAAAAUUCGAAAAAGCGAUAAGGAACCUUUUCGUGUAAGGUUUCGUUUCUUAGACGAUAAAGAAAAAGUUUUUACUUUUGACAACGAAGAAGACCAAUUAACCUUUUACAAAUGGAUUCUUGAGGCUAUAGCUAUCAGACAGGGGAAUAUGGAAGUUACAAAGUCUAAAUUAAACACGACUCAAGCGGAGCGUAUUCAAGCCUUAACAGAAAACGAGGAAACAAGAAAGCUUCAUCAGGACUUGGUGCCGGAUGUCCUCUCGGACAGUUCAUUUUGGUUCAGCCAGAAAUUAAGACUUCCCCCUGAAAAAAAAUUUUCAAGGCAUCGAUUGGAAGAGGCCGUGCAAGAAACUCCACCGCUACGCAUGGGCGUCUCGGCUUCAUUACUGAGCGAUAUUAAAAACAUGAUAAAAGAAGACGUGAAUGGAGCCAUCAAAGUCCGCUUGACUUCUUCACUUAUACAAUCUAUUUUUAGGGUGUAUCCAACCGUGAAACAGAAAUACGAUGAAAAUAUUUCGAAGAUUUCUGAAGAAACCUUUUGGAAGAACUUUAUCGAGUCAGUACUGGUUUAUGAGUCACGAGGUACCGGAAUAGUCGAAGGGGCAGAAGUCUCUUUCCACGAUUGUCUAAUGGCCGAGCAUCAAAGAUAUAUGAAUCUUUUGAAUGUGAAACAGAAUAACCUGUUAAGGAACACACAGCCGUUUGAAAGUGGAAGUCUCAAAGAAGAAGGUUAUUAUGAAGAGGAAAAAGGUGAAGUUGAUAGCAAAAUAAGGCAAGUAAAUGCAAUGUCUGGCCUAAUCCUUCAGCAAGAAUAUGCCGAAAGCUUAAACAGUAACGCAGAAGGCGAACUGCUGCGCGAUAGUUUUCAAGCAAAACCACUCGAAAUAAGGCACGGGGAUCGCUACUGCUCUUCCUUUGUUAAUUCUCCCGACAGCCACAAAGACGACUUUUCUGUAGACAUCCAGAAUUUCAUUCAGAAAAUACAAACCUGGAACCCAACUUUAUGCGAAACAAGUUUUUUAGAAGAGGGUGCGGUCUCGAUUUUAUACCAGUUAACCAAAACGGAAUCUCUCAAGUUUAGGGAAGAAAAAAUUUCCCCCGAAAAUCUGGAAAGAGCCAAUCGUUAUCAAAAGUUUGUGCAAGAACUUUUACGGCACUUCUGGGGAUCCAUCACUUCUUCCAAAGUUUCGACACGUAUAAAUCCCGGAAGAAUAAAAGAAACCUAUGAAAGGCUGAAGAAGAUUAAUCGAAAAGUUGAAACUAAAAUGAAAGAUUUUCCUCCUGAAGAAGCACAUAUUUGCGACGGCCUCAAAGUGUCGCUCGCUCGAGCUUUGAAUUAUUAUGAAAAUGAGUUUGGCGAAGUUUGAAUUUAAAAAACUGGAGUAAUAACAAAAUGACAAAGAAAUGAUUAAAAAAUUUAUUUUUAAGAAUUUUAAAAAAAGCGAAACACAUUUCGAGCGAUUAAAAAGUCUCCCAGGUGGU